AUGGACACGAGGUUUGCCCACUUAAACCUGGACAGGCGAGCGCAGGCCAUGAGUCGUGAGUCGGGGGACAAGAGCGACGUGGGAAACCCGGGAGAGGGUAGUGCGCGGGAGGGCCAGAAAGAUGAGCGUUUCGGAAAUCUCACGCCGGAGCGUAGACUGCAGGAAUUGCGGUUGGAGAUGGAGAGGCUGUCGCAGAUGAUGGGUGGAAGCUCUCGGUGGAGUGGACCCGAGUUCGGCAGGCGGGAUCCGUGUAGCGAACUGAGACGCUACUCAAAAGUCCUCACAGGGGUGUUACCCAAAUUUCCAGCCGAGGCUGAAGCACCGGUGUGGUUUGAGUCUGUGGAAAGUGCCCUAGAAGCGUACGAGGUACUGGGGGAGUUUUGGGGACGGUUAGUUUUCCCGUUGGUAGCGGAGAGAGUCCCGUUUUUGUCCACACGGCUAAGCCCAACAGAGCACAAAGAUUACCAGGUAAUCAAGCAAACGGUGCUGGACAAGCUCAGACUUUCAGCCGGGGAAUAUCUAAAAAGAUUUUUAGGGUCAGUAAAGCGUGCGAACGAGGGGUGGAGAGCUUUUUCGACACGUUUAGAGAGCUACCUCCACUUUUACCUUGAUGCAAGAGGGGUGUCGACAUUCGAGGGCCUGGUCAAGCUUUUGGUGGCCGACCAAUUAAAGAAAAAUUUGUCGGAGGAGGCCUUGCGAUAUGUGACACUCCAAGAAGGUAGAACGUGGAUGAGCCCCCCAGAGAUAUCCGCAUUGCUGCGAACGUUUGAAGAAGCACAGGGGACGAACAGCGCCGCGAGACAGGCGAAGCAAAGCGUGGCGGAGUCGAAAAGCGCGAGCAGGGCUACAUCCGACGAAGAGACAACUGAAGGGCCGCGAGGCUGGGAAAAGCCGUAUCGUGGAGGGGAAACCAAAGCCCAGGGCCUGCUACAGUUGCGGCAGUACAGGGCACCAGAAAUAGAAUUGCCCGCAGCGUCAGAAACAGCCGACGGAGGUGCUUCCAAACAGUAA